UGAGAACACGCACACCCCACCACCAGGAACAAGCCGACGGGAGAAGCAACGGUGAGUGCGGGCUGCGGUGGGCGGGCAGAGGCGCAUGACACACGGGAACUUUGUGUCCGCCAACGAGCCAGGUUCUAUCCAGAGGUGAAAAACGAGAGGAAAAGCUCCACGUACGCACGACUGCCUGCACAUUCCUCCCUACCGUGGACUGUUGACUGCGUGUCCGGCCCAUCGAUUCCCUGGGUUAUGUCGAAUAAACAUGUGGAUCGGCUGUAGCGGGGGAACAGGAAACAAAUGGGGAUUGAUGGAAAUGAAAAGAGGAAUCGAUAUGCUCGAUGGACUCCGGAGGAGGCAUGCCUCCAGGCCCUCCCCCCGACCCCUGUCCCUCAACUUCAGCACCUUCUCCGCCCCUCCCCCGAGCCCGGACAUGGACAGCAGCAGCGAGCAUCCAAUCAGAAGGACCCUGCACCGGCUGAAGUUGAUGAGCUCCCCCAGCCUGAGCGAGCUGGGCAAGAGUGAGAAAAGUUCACCGGAGGACAGAGGGGAGAAGCAGAAGAGGGCAGGAGCCAACGCCACCUGGAACAGCAUCCACAACGCCGUCAUCGCAGUCUUCCAGAAGAAAGGUUUGGCAGAUAACGAACUCUACGUCCUCAACGAAAGUGUCCGGCAUCUGCUGAAGACUGAGCUGGGGUCCUUCUUUACUGAAUACCUUCAGAACCAGCUGCUGACAAAAGGCAUGGUCAUCCUCCGGGACAAGAUAAGGUUCUACGAAGGUCAGAAGUUACUCGACUCUCUGGCAGAGACGUGGGACUUCUUCUUCUGUGACGUCCUCUCCAUGCUGCAGGCCAUCUUUCAUCCGGUGCAGGGUAAGGAGCCCUCGGUCCGACAGCUGGCUCUGGUGCACUUCAGGAACACCAUCGUCUUAAGUGUAAAGUUAGAGGACGCCCUGUCUCGACCCCGGGCCCGAGUUCCCCCCUCUGUUACACAGAUGCUGCUUAUUCUACAGGGGGUCCACGAGUCCCGUGGUGUGAAUGAGGAGUACCUGAGGCUGGAGUGUCUGGUCCAGAAGGUGGUCUCCCCCUACCUGGGCACCCACGGUCUUUGCUCAGGAGAUGGAGAAGAGGCCGACUGCUGUGUCCUUGAGAAGCGUUUAUCGUGGGGCUGGCCCAAGCCCGCAGAUCAACCGUCUAAAAACCCUGUGGUACGAUCCAAGAGCUACAACAUCCCUCUGCUGCUGACCCCGGUGGCUGAGUAUGACCCAGAUGCCAGCUCUGUUGGCAGUGGGGGAAUCCGACGCCACUCGGCCUGUGAGAUUAUCUCAUGCUCGGAGGAACAAGGCCUGGCUUACGCUGACAUGGCCCCGGGAUCCGAACUGUCUGGCGCCUCCUCCAACAGGCUGUGUGUGGGCUCUCACUUCAAUGGUAUUGUACAAGCAGGAGCCAGUGGCGUGGCCUUGCCUCUCCCGUCUCCCUCCAUUCAUCCCCUCCACUCCUCAGGAGCUCUCCACGGCACCGAGGCCACAACAACAAUGACGGAUCUUAGUAAGGGCGCAUCCUCCUCGCCGCCCAGUGAAUCAUCCAGCCCCGAAACCAUAAUUGGACAAGUGCUGGACUCUGCAGACUCGGACUCAGAUGGGAUAUUUAUUGAUUUCCCUUCUCACUCAUCAGAAGCUAUGGGGUACACUCGUGAAGGCAGGCAGAGCACCGUGUAGCUGUGGUCGGCUUUAGGAACACAUGUGGUACAUGCACCAAUAACCUGGGACAAAUAUCAAACGUACACUUCAUUACAGGGGCUCAUUUCAAAGUGGUGUGUAACAACCUUGUAACUCUACAAUGACUCUUUUUAGAACCAUGAAAAACACAACACAAGCUACCCUAUUAGUAACUAAUUUAGCCUUUUUAUUUAUUGUUUUGGGUAUUUUGGCUUUAUUGACAGGACAAUCCUGGUAUGAAAUGGGGCGAGAGAGCCGGGAAGUCCCACAGCAAAAGGGCCAAGUCAGAACUGAACCCGCAGCCACUGCAGGACGACCAAAGCUGUCGAGUUUGUCCUUUAAAAAAAAAAAAAACUGAAACACUGUAUGAUUUUGAACUGUUAAGUAAAUAUAAUAUAUAAAGAUGUCAAUAUUUAUUACAUCUUCCAUAGAAACAAAUGGACAAAGACCUCGUUGGUUUUGAUCUUUUCAUUGGUUUUGCUGACGAAAGCAUAAAAACUAAACUAUAGAUUAUCAUCAUGUCCUGUAAAUCUAUAGAGGGGCACCUUAUCCUUCAAAUGGUCAAAUUACAGUUUUUCUAUUGUGCUUUUCUAGGGUUACUCGUCUCUCAAAGCUUUACACCACGAGUCACAUUUUCCCAUUCACACACACAUUCGUAAAGUGUUUAUAUGUGCCUUGCUUUACCACACACAUAAACUCCCUUAGGGUUCAAUGUUUUGCCAAAGGACACUUCAACACAUGCUUGUUUGGAGGAGGAUCGAACCACCAACCCUACAUCCUGAGGAUAAAACCAGUAAAACCGAAUCAAAGUGGGAGUUACAAGGUUUUCACUCAUCUUUUCUGCGGACGGGUAUUUUACAGCUGCCACUUAAAUGGAAAAUGUCUGGAACUUUUUUUCAUCAUGAGCUUGUUUUGGCAGCAACACAGUGAUCACGUCCCACUUUUGUACGAAACCUUCUGAAAAUGUUGAAUUGUUUUUUUUAUUGUCAGCCGCACUUAAAGAGGUCCAAUGCAAAAUUCUCUUCUUAGAACAUCAGUGUGACAGCAUUUGCUUUUCUCCAUUAGCUGUGUGCAGCAGGAGUUUGAGGAAUAUGCCGAUGUUUAUUGUUUACAAUCGACAAAGACAUGAAUAUUUUGACUGAAUGUUGUCUCACACACUGUAUUUUGCACCACCACUACCCUGUAAAUAAAAGUGCAUCGUUGGUUUUUAGGACAGCUAAUUAGUGUAAAGUGAGCUUUUACCUUGAAUUCAGAUUUUAAUAAGGCAUUUUUAACUGAAAUCUUUUUCAAACGAUGUUUUACCUCAAGCGUUUUGUACUUUACUUUUUUGACAAUCUAUGAUGUCUACGGAGUUGUACUUUGUAUUAAUUUGUUAUACUAGCCCAGUAAAAAAAUAAAUACAUUUUAGUAAUGUUUAAAAA